AGACAGACAGACGGACAGGAAGAGAGAGGAGGAGGAUGCAACUGCCGCUUCUGUGCUGCUGGUAACCCCUCACCUACAUCAUCCUUUUGUGGACGGUGGUCGCGCAGUAGGCUCGGAUCUCGUGUACAGCUGUCACCCCCCGGCAUUGGUCCGAUCAGCGCGCACACGUAGGCGCCGCUCCGACCCACCCCCUUCGCUCCUCGGCUGCUUCUCCCCGGUGUAGACAGACAUCGAGCCGGCGAGGAGGAGGUGGACUGACGGCCAACUUUGAGCCAACCAGCCCGGUCGAGGUGCCAAGACAGGACACCAGAUCUGGAGCAGUGUUGAGUGCUGAGUCCCUUUUACUGAGUGCGGUGGCACCAUGGCAGCUAUGGGACCAGAGGAGAGAGGACAACCCACCACCACAGCCCCUGACAUGCAGGUAUGUGCACAGACUGGAAAGGGGGAACUGAACAAGACUUCAAACUGGACCAACCUGUCACUGGGACCCUCCAUGCAAAUCACCAACGGAGACACAUCCUGCAGUUUCCGCAGCCCUGAGUCAGUGGAGAUGGAUGAGAUCAUGGCUGCUAUGGUCUUGACCAGUCUGUCCUGUAGUCCAGUGGUGCAGAGUCCUCCCCAGACCGACCAAGGACCAGCCGUGUCCUCCUCGUCCGUGGACAUGGAGUGUGGUGGGGGCGAGCUGUCCGACAGUGGCAGUAGUGGAUACUGGAGCUGGGACCAUGGCAACGUGAGCCCCGCCCCCUCACCGUCCGUAAUCGAGGCUGACAGUAGUCCUGACGAGGGGCUACCCAUGGAGAUGGAGCAGGCGGACGAGCACAACGCCAAAAGACCAAAAAGCUCGUUCAGAGGUGUCUACAAGUGUCUGUGGCCCAACUGUGGCAAAGUGCUGACUUCCUCUGUGGGGAUUAAGAGACACAUCCGGGUGCUGCAUUUGGGUGGCUCAGAGCAGUCUCACAGAGAGGAGGACUUUUAUUACACCAAGAUCUCCUGUGAGGCUGUAGAUACCUCCAUCGCUCUGUCCCCUUCACCCCAGCAACAGCAGCUGGUGGGGGGGCAGGCCACGCUCAUUGGUUGGGCCCCCGCUUGUGGUUCUUCUGGAGGUACUGGACUUCAGAUACCUCCUGCACACAGACCCAGGUCCAACUCCAGUUCUGGAUCAGGACACAGCAAACCCAGCACCCUCAGCCAGUCGGCCCCCAGCAGCUUUUGGCAGAUCCACUCCGAACAUCUCUACCAGGCAUGCAGUCCCAUCCAGGUGUCUGUGGCCCCCAGGAACUCCACUGCUCAGCCUUGGGCCCCCUCCACUGCCCCUGGACACAGUAACACUCCGAUGGUGAAACCGCGCUGCCGCUCAGUCAGUGUGGGGGAACAGUGGCUCCAACAGAACAGACUCCAGCCCGUGAGCGCCUCCCCUUCUCGCACCCACUGCUCCUUCAGGAAGGGACGCAGUGAGGCCAAAAAGUGUCGUAAAGUGUACGGAGUGGAGCGUAAGGACCAGUGGUGCACGGCCUGUCGCUGGAAGAAGGCCUGCCAACGUUUCCCCGACUAAAAAAACAUCCAUCUGCGUUCAAAACCAGAGGUGCGAAAUACCAACGGACCACCCCAAAACAGAGACUUCUAUAUAAAAAAACUGUUCUUCUUCUACGUGUUUUUUACUUUUAUCUGCUUUGUUUCUCUCCCGACGGAAUGCAAAUAUGGAGUUUUUGUGUAUCCUCCUCGUAAGUCGUCCCUUUUUUCGAACACGGUCUGCGAUGGUGCUAACUGUUGACUGACUUUGACCACGUGAUGUGCUAUGCCUCCAGUACUCUCCUGUUUUUAUCCAAAGCUCAGAUAUUAUCUCCCUGGUACGGUGGCCCUGAAGGGACAAAGCAUGAGCAAAUGAUAAACAAUAAUUAGCACUUUUGUGCUCAUUUCUGUUAGUGUGGGUAGAUAGCUAGAGACAAUCCCAGUAACUUUGGGCCUUAAGUGAACACAGACUAUAGUUAAUUAGUCACAUAAAGUCGCUUAAAGGUACACUGUGGUACACUUUUCUGGUGAAGGGUCAAUCAAAUGCUUUUCUCCAUAGAGAUGUUAUUUCUUUGUCUGGAAUGCUCCACUGUAUGGCAUUAAACAUUUCUAUCUUCAUGGCGACCAAACCAGACGAAGUUACAGGUCAGAUCUGUGGAGAGGUAACCCCUCAGUCAGAAUGCCUGUUUUUCUAAGGAUUCUUGAGCUAUAAAAUUACCUGUAAUUUAAUAUAUGUAAAAUAGAGCUGUUUAAUGUCAUACUGUGGAACAUUCGAGACAUUCCUCCAUAGAAACAAGGACGGUUGGACCUCCAACCAAAAAGUUACAUAGUGCACCUUUAGCUCAUAGUCACACAUGGUUAGAGGUAGAAGUUAUAUUGACAAUUUAUCUUAUUGCAAUUGUUGUUUUGUAGAUUAGCAAAAUAAGAAAACUGAGUAUAUAAAACUAUUAAAAAUGACAUUAAAAGACAGAAAUUUGUAGCAUAAUCUCCCCAAAAACUGUAUAUAGUGAUAUUUCUGCCCUACAGUGGUUAUUUGUAUGGUCAAUUCACAUUUUGUGUGAUACUUGAACCUUAACCAAGACAUAAUAGUCAUGUUAUAUAUAUAUUGCUAUCAAAAUAAUGCAAAAAAUACAUCCACUGCUAAACAUGAUGAGAAAGAAAGAAGUUUUUCUAAUUAAUUCUUACUAUUUAGAGUUCCCUUUUGAGCUAUAUAUGUAUAUUAUUGGAUAGUGAUUGCAAAAUAUACAACUGCAGACUCUUCACACAUUAGUAAGAUUAUGUGACAAUCAGCUGUGGAAUCAAAACCAUGUUACUUAUGGCCUAUUGCACUAGUCGCUAUAGCAACCUUUGUAGAUAUAUUGAAAGUAGUUCACAUUAAGAUGUAUUCUUCAAUUACUCCACAAUCACACAAAAAUAGUGUGAAUCAAACCGCCAACCUUUAGGUAAAUGGGUGAUUGACUUUGCCAUUUGAGUCACUUCUGCUCAUGCUGCUAUUGCAAAACCCACCCCUAGACAGUCUGAAAUAAGUAUUGGUGUUGACGAUUUUGUAUAGAUCUAAUGUGACAUACUAUUUUUGCUAUCUUUUAUGUUUUUUGCAAACCGUAGUCUAAUGUAUUAUGUAAUGCUUAUAUAGCUUAACACGUCUACUACUAUUUUUACACUUCUUUUGUUUUCAAGAAAAUAAUGUUGAAACAUCGCAGAGAAAAAACUAUAACGAUUUAUCUGUUAAGGGCUAAACACUAUCAGAAACAAUUGUAAUCAUACCAGCUCAGAAUAAUUAAGACUCAAGUUAAUUAACAAUUCUAACAAUAAUCAAAGAAAUAGUGAAGGUUAACAUACAUACAAAUUAUUAUACUGAAUUUACUUUUUACUUUUUGUUGCCUAUGAAUGGACCAUUUUUUCACAUGUAGUCUGUCAGUGCCAUUGAGAUUGAAAUAACGUCUUAUGAGAUAGCUUGAUCCUUUCAGCUUUAUAGAUAUAGAACAUAAUGGACUUCUAUUUGAGUAAUAUUGUAUGAAAAACCAAUAGUUAGACAUGCAUUACUCUGCUGUCCUAUAGCUUUGCUUCAAAAACGGUUUCAAAGCUGUGUAAUAUUCCUGUUUAAUUUAAAGCUACUUCCUGGUUUCUUACAUCCAAUCUCAAACCAGCUACUUCCUCUUACAUAUCCUCUAUUCUUUUAUUUUUCUUACAUUGAUGGGUCUGCUUUUACCUUAAAACAUUGCACAAUAGGCUAAUCUUCCAGCUAUAUUUUCCUAUAAUCCCUGUAAACUAUACCUUAAUGUUAUUUUCCCUCUGCCCACAUAUAUUUUUACAUUUCAACGUUUGUCAUUGUGCUUUGUGGUGCUUUAAAUCUGACCCUUCCGAGUCACCGUACCCUCGUAGCUCACUGUAGUAGCUGUUAUGUUAUUCCAAUUUUCUUCCAGUGGUAACACAGUGGUUCUAAAUAUGAUGUACAUUACUAUUGUGUCCUUUGAGUUACGUAUGAGUAUUUUAUACCUUUUUUAAAUGUCUUGUUGGGCCCCUGUAUUUGGGCACAUAAUGUUUUUUCUCUCUUUUUAAUUUUGAAUGAUGGUUAUUGGCACUUUGUUGAAUAUACUCACGAAUAAGCUACAUUUGGUUUGACUCCAGCCAAAUUCCUUCCAUGAGGUGUAUUUCCUUGCUGCCCAUGUGUCGGCAUAUGACCAGUGUUAUGGUUGAUCAAUGAAGCUAUGGGAGUGGACAUAGGAGAAAGAGUUUGUAAUAGCAAUAAAAAGGAAAUAUAUUGAUAAACACAAAUUAAACGCACUGACAAUUUGACUUUUGGUGGUCUUUUUCUUUCACAUUUAUGUUAUUCUUAAGAUUUAAUGUAACCUAUUCAGUUGAUGUGUUUCAUCUUAUACUCAACUGUUUUAAAUGUUAUUGCUUUGUUUGGAAUUUUGGUAGAGACUUUCUAUCUCAACUACAGGUUACAUUACAGUUCAGAUCUGUGGAAUGGCAGCCCUGUUCAGAGACAAUGUACUUUUGGGCAAUAAAAACUCCCAUAAUUAAUUCAUGGUACAUAGAUGUGUUUAAUGUCAUCCAGGAACAUUCCA